AUGGCCCAGCCUGCGGCGAUUGCGCGCGGUCCGAAGCCGCCGCCGGGGGUUUCGCCGCCGGCGACGCGCCGCACGCGCGCUGCCAGAGAUGCGAAGAUGUUUCCUCUUGACCUUGGGCUGGCGCUGUGCAACUUGAGCAGCGCGUCCUCGCUUCCGGCGGUGCGGGAGGUGUUGACCCCCCGGCGGGUGGUGCCACGACGCGUGUUGAUCACGCUCGCAGAGGAGAGGCGAGCAGACUUGGUGCUGAAGACGCUGCAGGUGCUUGUGGAGAAUGGGGUGCGACUGGAUGCCAAAGACUUCACCGCGGCGUUGUCCACGUGUUCCCGGCUGCGUGCCUGGCAGGAGGCCAGCGCUUUGCUGGCGGCCAUGCCCGCCGCCAGGGUGCAAGCCAAUAUCUUCAGCUUCAGCGCUGCCAUCAGCGCCUGUGAGAAAGCUGGACGAUGGCAAGAGGCGCUGGGGCUCUUUUCCGCCAUGGCCGAGGCCAAGGUGGAAGCAGAUGCAAUCAGCUUCAAUGCGACCAUCAGUGCUUGCGAGAAAGGCGGGCGCUGGCGACAAGCAUUGGCACUCUUCCAGGCAAUGCCAGAGGCAAAGAUGCAAGCAGAUGUUUACAGCUUCAGCGCCUCCAUCAGCGCUUGCGAGAAAGCUGGGCGUUGGCAGCAUGCAUGGGCCAUGUUCAGGGCCCUGUCGGAGGCACAGGUUCAAGCCAACACCUACAGCUUUUGUGCGACAAUUAGCGCCUGCGCCAAAGCUGGGCAGUGGCAUGAGGCAUUGGCACUUUUCCAGGAGAUGUUUGCUGCAAGUGUGCAGGCAGAUCUGUAUAGCUUCAAUGCCGCAAUUGCAGCAUGUGAAAAAGGUGGGCAAUGGCAAGCAGCGCUAGCCGUGUUCAGGGCCAUGCCUGAAGCAAAACUUUGUGCGAACAACAUCGGGUUUAACACCGCUAUCAGCGCUUGCGAGAAAGCUGGGCAAUGGCAACAUGCAGUGGCACUUUUUCAGGAAAUGUCAGCUGAGAAGGUGAAAGCAGAUGAGAUCAGUUUCAAUGCCAGCAUCAGUGCCUGCGAGAAAGGCGGUCAAUGGCGACAAGCAAUUGCCCUUUUCCAGGCCAUGCGCGAAUCGCAAGUGAACGCAGAUGGUACAAGCGUCAACGCCACCAUCAGCGCUUGCGAGAAAGGCGGACAAUGGGUGCGGGCGGCAUGGCUCUUAAGCGCCAUGGCGGGCGUGAAGUUGCGAGCGGAUGUGUACAGCUUCAGUGCUACCAUCAGCGCCUGCGAAGAAGGUGGCCAGUGGAAGCAGGCCUUCAGAGUGUUCAGGACCAUGCAAGAAGCGAAGCUGCGCGCCAACGACAUUUUCUUCAAUGCGAGCAUCAGCGCUUGCGAGAGGGGCGGGCAGUGGAAGCAGGCAUUGGUUCUUCUGGGUGGCAUGCCUGGAGCAGAGGUUCAAGCAGAUGAUGUUAGCUUCAGUGCUGCGAUCAGCGCGUGCAAGAGAGCUGAGGAAGAGCAAGCGCCUGGCACGGAUCUAUACACCCUGGCUUCUAAGUGGUGA